CGACAGCCACAUCCGAGGAGCGGUGCCAAUCAACUGAAAAAAGAGAGAGGAAAGAACGGUGAAAUUGGCAGAGUCGUAGUCCUUGCAGGGAAGGUGCUCUCACCACGUUUCCUUUGGGUGUAUCAGAAGAGAGGCUCCUUACCUGAGUUUAGUUCAAUAGCCAUCACUUCUCAAUCGUGCAGUGCGGAUCACCCUCUGCGUCUCCGAUCGGAAUUGUCAACUCGGCUUGGUGAUGGAACAGAGGUUUUAAGUUUUGAUUAAAUUAGAGCGAAGAAUUGAUUUGGUUUGUUCUAUAAUAAUCUAUGGGGACCGAAAAUCCUGGUCGUCCAACCUUCCCUCCUUCAAGACCUGCUUCAUCGCCUUUUGCCGCUGCACAGACAGUAUCACCUUUUUCGUCAAGCGGUCCCGUUGCUGGAUCAGAGCCUCCUUCUUUUCGGCCUAGUCCUCCAGCUCCUCCGCCGCAAGCCGCCACGCCGUUUUCGUCGGCUGGACCUGCUGCAGUUAGACCUGGGGCACCCAGUUUUAGACCUGCACCACCAGGGAGGUUCAAUGAUCCAUCGGUACCGCUUCCCGUGCGACCAUCAAAUGCCUCACCGGCUGCUGGGCCUUUUCAGCAGUUUCCGCCGGCACCGUCCUUUCCCCCAACAAUGCAACCACGUGGUCCUCCGCUGCCAAUGGGACCACCAUCAAUUCAAUCUCCACCUAGUCAAGCACAGCCUUUUCCCACGUCUCUUCCAGCUCAGCCACAGAUGCCUUCUGUUCCAAUGGGCUCUCCCCCGCCACAAAGUGCUGCUCCUGCACAUUUAGGUUCAAAUUUUCCUCCGCCACCUACAAUUCAGCCAUCUUUUCCUGGGUACCCGAGUAAGCAGGCUGGUCCUGAAAUGCAAGCUCCACCUAUGCAUUCCUCAUUCCCUGCUAAUCAAGGAAAUUUUGGGCCUGUCCCACCUGCAGCGGCUUCUCCUUUUUUGUCUCAUCCAGGAGGCUAUGUUCCACCGCCUCCAAUGGCUCCCCCGCUAGGUAUCCAGCCAAUGCAGCAGCCAGGAUCUGUGCCCCCAAUGGGUGCUGUUCAGGGCUUGGCAGAAGACUUCAACGCACUCACAUUGCAAACUCGUCCUGGAACAAUGGAUCCGUUAUUUGAUGCCAAGGAACUUCCACGGCCAUUAGAAGGUGAUAUUGAACCAAAGAAUUUGGUUGACAUGUAUCCCAUGAACUGCAAUCCCCGGUAUCUACGACUCACAACCAGUGCAGUUCCUAGCUCUCAGUCCUUGGCUUCAAGGUGGCAUCUUCCUCUUGGAGCAGUUGUAUGUCCGCUUGCUGAGCCUCCUGAUGGGGAAGAGGUGCCUAUAGUUAAUUUUGCUCCAGCUAGUGUUGUCCGCUGCAGAAGAUGUCGCACAUAUGUGAAUCCUUAUAUGACAUUUACGGAAGCUGGAAGAAAGUUUCGUUGCAACGUCUGUACCUUGCUUAAUGAUGUGCCUAGUGAGUAUUAUGCACAAUUAGAUGCAACUGGAAAAAGAGUUGACAUAAAUCAACGACCUGAACUUACAAAGGGGACUGUAGAAUUUGUUGCCCCUGCUGAGUACAUGGUGAGGCCUCCUAUGCCACCAGUGUAUUUCUUCCUCAUCGAUGUUUCCAUAUCUGCUGUUAGAAGUGGCAUGAUUGAGGUUGUGGCCAAUACAAUUAAGUCAUGCUUAGAUGAGCUGCCCGGCUUUCCACGUACGCAAAUAGGGUUUGCAACUUUUGACAGCACAAUACAUUUUUAUAACAUGAAGUCUUCCUUGACUCAACCACAGAUGUUGGUAGUGUCAGAUCUCGAUGAUAUAUUUAUUCCACUGCCAGAUGAUCUUCUUGUUAACUUGUCUGAAUCAAGAAGUGUGGUAGAAACCUUCCUAGAUAGUUUGCCAACCAUGUUUCAGGACAAUGUUAACUUGGAAUCAGCUUUUGGUCCUGCUCUCAAGGCUGCGUUUAUGGUUAUGAGUCAACUUGGAGGAAAAUUGUUAAUAUUUCAAAACACACUCCCAUCUCUUGGUGUUGGCCGCUUGAAGUUACGUGGAGAUGAUUCUCGUGUUUACGGGACAGACAAAGAGCAUGGACUGAGACUGCCUGAAGAUCCAUUCUAUAAACAAAUGGCUGCUGAGUUUUCCAAGUACCAAAUCUCAACAAAUGUGUAUGCAUUCAGUGAUAAGUACACUGACAUAGCCUCCUUAGGAACUCUGGCAAAGUAUACUGCUGGUCAAGUGUAUUACUAUCCAGCUUUCCAAUCAGCCAUUCACGGGGAGAAAUUGAGACAUGAAUUGAGGAGAGACCUUACCAGAGAAACUGCAUGGGAAGCUGUAAUGCGCAUUAGAUGUGCAAAAGGUGUUCGCUUCACAACUUAUCAUGGAAACUUCAUGCUGAGGUCCACCGAUUUGUUAGCACUUCCUGCUGUAGAUUGUGAUAAAGCCUUUGCCAUGCAGUUAUCACUUGAAGAGACAUUGUUGACAACUCAGACAAUGUAUUUACAAGUAGCAUUGCUAUAUACUGCAUCUUGUGGUGAAAGGCGAAUAAGAGUACACACAAUGGCAGUUCCAGUAGUUACAGAGUUAGCAGAUAUAUAUCGGCUGGCUGAUACUGGUGCAAUUGUAUCACUGUUAAGUAGGCUAGCAAUUGAGAAAACAUUGUCCCAAAAACUGGAAGAUGCACGGAGUGCUGUUCAACUAAGAGUUGUAAAAGCCCUCAGGGAAUAUCGAAAUCUUUAUGCUGUGCAACAUCGCUUGGCAAACAGAAUGAUAUAUCCUGAGUCUUUAAAGUUCUUAAUGUUGUAUGGAUUAGCCCUUUGUAGAUCAACAGCUUUACGUGGAGGGUAUGGUGAUGUUCCACUGGAUGAACGAUGUGCAGCAGGACACAUAAUGAUGACUGUAUCAAUAAGAAGACUGUUGAAACUUCUCUAUCCUAGCUUGAUUCGACUUGAUGAAUAUCUUCUGAAGGCAUCUGUACAGGCUAAUGACUUAAAAAGUGUUGAGAGAAGGUUACCUUUGACUGGGGAGAGCUUAGACUCUAGAGGUCUUUAUAUUUAUGAUGAUGGCAUCCGGUUCAUUAUAUGGUUUGGUAGGGUGAUUUCGCCUGAUAUAGCAAAGAAUUUACUUGGGGCAGACUUUGCUGCAGAAUUAUCAAAGCAGACUACUCUCAGUGAGCAUGAUAAUGAAAUGUCAAGGAGGCUGGUGAAGGUACUUGAGAAGUUGAGAAAUACAGAUCGUGCAUAUUACCAGUUGUGCCACCUUGUGAGGCAAGGUGAACAGCCCAAAGAGGGAUUCCUCCUUCUUGCAAACCUUGUUGAGGACCAGAUGGGUGGUAACAGUGGGUAUGCUGAAUGGAUGCUGCAGAUAUCUCGACAAGUGCAGCAAUCAUAAUAUAUAGCUUCCCUGGCUAAAUAAGCAAGUCAGAUCUGCUAUUUGUCUCACAAGUGACGACCAUUUCUUUCUGCAUUGGAGGUAUAUUAAAUCUGUCCUUUGGGGUGCUUGGAGAAGCAUUCUUGACCUGGCUAAUUGAUCGUGACCUGUGAGAAGCAUGCUUUUGAGAGAUUGUUGAUUCAUCCUGGGAUAUAUCCGUUAGGUGAAUUCUACCACAGAUUGAAUUUAAACGUGUGUUCAUGUUUUUGAUAUAGAGGGAAGAAAGAAACACUUUUUUGGUUACUUUACCUUGUGAGAUAAGUUGUCACUUUCUGUCUUAUAUUUCCUUUUGUCGUCGUCUUAUGGUUGAUUCUUUCAUUGUAGAAAAAGUAGACAGAGAACUAAGAAGAGAUGGCAUGUCAAAUUGGUCUUGCAAAAUCUUAGAUUUUGUUUGUUGACAAUUAUUUAUUCUGGUAUUUAAUGUUGAAACUUUGUUUUCUUUCAA